GUGUUUUGUUCGCAGUACAAGGGUGAUAGGUUAUGGUCGGGAAAAUGUACAGUCGUGGAUGUGUUGGGAUGGCGGAGUUCAGAGGGAUGGGAAGUAAAGGUAUUAAGUAGAAAUUAGCAAAAAUGGCAAAUGUGAUAAAUUCAACAACCACUCUAGUUCAUCAUGUCUAUGAUUAUUAUUUAUGGACCCUAUCCUUAUCAGAUAACAGAACGAAGGGAUGGCCUCUGGUAGAUUCUCCCAUGCCGAUGCUCAUGUUGAUCGGCCUGUAUUUCUUCGUAGUGUGGCUGGGACCGAAGUUGAUGGAAAAUAGGAGACCUUUAAAAUUAAACAAAUUACUUAUACCGUACAACCUAUACAUGGCCGGUUUGAAUUUCUACAUAGCUUUUAAUUUACUCACCGCCUCGUUUCGACUAAAGUAUAAUUACUUUUGCGAGCCCUGCAGAGAGAAGUACACCCCUGACGAGAUGCAGAUCACCGAGGCGGUUUGGUGGUACUAUUUUUCUAAGCUACUCGAAUUCUGUGAUACGAUAUUCUUCAUACUGAGGAAGAAGAAACAACAAUUGUCCUUCCUGCAUGUCUAUCAUCACUCGACGAUGUUCGCUUUCUGGUGGAUCGGAAUCAAAUGGGUGCCAAGCGGUUCCACAUUCCUGCCUGCUAUGGUCAAUUCUGGAAUACACGUUUUAAUGUAUUCUUACUAUGGACUUUCUGCUUUGGGUCCAAAAGUUGCUCAAUACUUGUGGUGGAAGAAAUAUCUAACUAUAUUGCAACUAAUUCAAUUUACCUGUGCCUUGGUCCUGGGAUUAAACGGUAUUAGAAUGGGUUGUGAGUUUCCUCUUUGGAUGCACUAUACACUUAUCGGUUAUAUGGUCUCUUUCCUUGUGCUUUUCGGCAAUUUCUACGUCAAGGCCUAUUUGGAAAAGGGCAACGAGGUGUUCUAUGGAAUGGACUUCGGUUGCGGACAAGGAAACCAAUUUACAAACAAAUAUACUAUGCAAUCACACAACGGUCUUCAAGAUGAAAUGGGCAAGAAACACAAUUAAAACCAUACGAAAAUGAAAAGGGAAUUUAACGAGCUAAGUUUUAGUUACACGACGAGGCGUCGUUUUUAAUCGGAAUAUUAAAAAUCUUGUACACGACCUGAAACUAACGCCUUAAUAGGAGAAUUUUAUCAUUUUUUUAACUAAUUUUAAACGUGAUGCACUGCUAAUCAAACGCUGUAAUCAAACGUAUCCGGAUUAGUUAAAAAACGAGCAUAAACAAUCAUGAUCUUCCUGAUGAUUAAAUUUCUAAGUUACAAACAAAUUCGUAGCGUAAACGUUCUAAAUUAAUAAAAAAGAAGCAUGCCUUAACUUGCAAAUUCGGGAUAUCAAUAUAGGAACUUCGAUAGGAAUUUCUUUUUCGAUGCUGAUAUCCAUAUAUAGUGCAAACGAUGUGAAAUAUUGUUGAAUAAGCUGUUGAUUAUUUUUACGAUAGAUAGGAUGUGAUUAUUAUAAUCAAAAAUUGAGAAUUUUUAUAUAUUUGUUAUUUAUUUAGGAUGGAAUUUUAUUUUUGAC